AUGAAGACUGAAGAAUACCUCCACGCUUGUCUAAAGGACUACACCAAGCUCGGAGACGAGAUACACUGCCUCAAGAAAGAAAACACUGCAUUGAAAGAAAAGCUGGAACAGAAGGAUGCAAUCAUCAGAGGCCUCAAACGAAAGGCCAAACUCGAAGAGGAAUCCCAUAAAUACCAGGCAAACCUAGCCACCCUUCAAGCCGCAAUCAAGUAUACUAGUGGCUACGGUGGUAAGAAAGGAGAGGCAGAGCGACUCCAAGCACUUGUUGCUGGGAGACAGGCUGCUCGACCUCUACCCCGUUCGCCUAACCCCAGCUUCGACCUGUUGUUCGAGGGGGAGGAGAAUGAAAUACCGUCAUCACCGCCAACUGCUGGCUUUAUCCGUCAUAGCAAGCAGCAGAGAGAUGAGGAGGCGGUUGCGAAGGGGCCAGCCCAUCGUCUCGAUAACGGUGGACGUCGACGGCUCCGGGCCCAACCGCCCUCUGGUCCCUUACGCCAGCAAGACCAAGAAUACCAAAAAUACCGACAACAGCAACAACAGAUGAGGCAGAACCACCGCCGUCCCCACCACCCACCACAAUCACGACACCAACAAGAAGAAGAAAAACCAGCAGCACCACAUGUUGACUUGUGUCUGGCCUUCCUCAAAUCCGGGAAGUGCGCUGGGUGUCCUCGCACCCAUGACCCAAAGGAAUAUCCUUCUUGGACAAAGGGAUACCAAAGUGGUUUGGAGCAUCGAGAGGAUCGUGACCAUAGCUCUAGAUUGGAAUUUGAGAACUCUGCUGGUCUAGAGACCGCUACCACCGCCCUCAUGGGUGCUGGUGUUGCUGGUUCUGCUGGUCAGAAGAGAGCUCGUUCCAAUUUCGGAGCUUGGUCUGCCUCCAAACAUAGGCGGUUCGAGACGGAAGAACGUGUGCAGGGGAAGGGAGGAGAGUAA